AUGAUAAAAAUCACACAUUUCAUCGUCUUGGUUUCAAUAUCCUUCUUCGCCCUUCAACUAUCAAGCGUUAACGCUGGUCCUCUUGCUUAUGCAGCAUGUCAAACUGCAUGUAAUAUUGGCUGGGUAACGUGUUAUAGUACUGCCAGAUUGGCUGCUGAAAAAAACAUAAAGGGUUCAUUCCUAAAUAUAAACUUGCGAGAUGACCUUCACGUAAAUUUAAUUGUCGAAGUCGCAGCACUUGCUAAAGGCAGUAAAGUCAAGAUAAAGACACAAUUUAUCUGCAGUGUAUCUACUAAAAAGGGUGAACGAUAUUCACGAACUUCUUUAAAAAAUGUUUUAUUUGCAAUUAGUAGAUACUUGCAAGAUGUCAAACCAGGAUGGAAGUGUAAUUUAAAUAAUAAAUGA